CCUGUUCUUUCUUUGACAAGAGGACAGCUGUGCAGAUUGUUAUACACUCAACAGUCGACGUUGUGCUAUCUCCUCUUCAACAACUACAAGCCCGUUAUGUCCUUGGUGAAUUUGUCCGGUAAAGUGGCCAUAAUUACUGGCGCUAGUUCCGGAAUUGGAGCUGCCACCGCCAUUCUCUUUUCCAAACUCGGCGCUAGCCUGGCCUUGACCGGUCGCAAUGCGCUCAAUCUUGAACGAACUUCUGCCCAACUCCAAGUGAAUGAGGAGCAAAAGAAGCCUCUGCUCAUUCAAGCCGACUUGAGUCAAGAGUCGGACACUCAAAAGAUCAUGGAUGAAACGAUCAAGCAUUUCGGACGUCUGGACAUCCUCGUCAAUAACGCUGGCGUGAUCGAAAUGGGCAGCAUUGAAAACACGUCCAUGGAUCAAUACGAUCGAGUGAUGAAUGUGAAUGUGCGAGCCAUGUAUCAGUUGACCAUGCUGGCCACGCCCCAUUUGAUCAAGACCCAAGGCAACAUUGUAAAUGUGUCUAGUGUCAACGGCAUGCGUUCUUUCCCCGGUGUUUUGGCCUACAACAUCUCUAAGGCAGCCGUCGACCAACUCACUCGAUGCGUGGCUUUAGAACUUGCUCCCAAACAAGUGCGAGUGAAUUGCGUCAAUCCUGGUGUGACAAUCACCGAGCUUCAGAAACGUGGUGGUCUCUCGGAUGAGGCUUACGCCAAGUUCUUGGAAAGAAGCAAAGAGACCCAUGCCAUGGGUCGAGCUGGUGAGCCGGAAGAAGUGGCUCAGGCGGUGGCUUUCUUGGCCUCGUCCAAUGCGUCCUUCUCCACGGGAAUCUCAUUGCCUGUGGAUGGUGGACGACACGCCAUGUGUCCCCGAUAAUGGUUUCUUGCUGUCCAAGGGCAAGCUCAGAAGAUGUAGAUUUUGUUAAAAGAUUCAUAUUUUUGAAUAAAACAAAAGGGCACAAUGAU